UCUUACGCACCGAUGCCUUACGCCAGCGCACCUUACUCAUCUCCUCCAUCGUAUGCUCCGCCAUCAUACGCCCCUCCAUCUUAUUCACCUAGUCCAUCGUAUACAGCUCCCAUCCCGCUGACACCUUUGGUCAUCUCCGACGACGCUGACGCUCUUGGUGGCGGCGGUGGUGGUGGCGGCGGUGGCGGAGGUGGUAGCAUCACCAAGUUCCUCGCUCUGCCACUGAUCGUCGUACUGCCAAUCUUACUUCCUUUCAUCUUGUUGCUUGUCUUUCUGCCGAAAUUUGGCAAGAAACCUACCAAAGAUAAGAAGGAGUAUGAAGAUAUGAAACCUUACUACGAUGAUAACAUGAACAACUACCAAGAUUACGAAAACAAUUACAUGGACGACAAACCGAAUAAAGGCAACCGCAAGCGUCGUGAAACAGAGGAGAUCACGAAAACCUUGUCUUCCAGCUCGGCUCGUCCGUCGAUGAGCAUCGCCCAAGUCGAUCGAUUGACCGACGUCGUCUUUGCUGCCUUCAAUUCGCAAGAAUGUAUCCAGCGUCUUCUGUGCGAAGCUGGCACCCUGUCACGAUCCUUCGCUGAAUCCGAAACGUUAACAAAAGCUGUCAAAGAAUUUGUUCCGGAAUCCAUCAAAGAUGUUUACGAUGUGUUCGCUAAAGCAGAGAAAUGCGAGCAGUACAAAUGCGGAUCUCUUUGACGUACUCGAACUCUGUAACGUUUGCAGUAAUAAACGAUUAUUUAAU